AUGGCCAAAAAGGUAAAUAGGAGUCUUGGAGAUAUUGAACUUUCUGAUUUGUCCAUAGAGGUCCAAUCAAAUGUUCAAUCUUGCAAAGAUGAUUUGGGUAUGAAUGUACAUCUGCUUGUUGAAACUAUUGCAUCUCUAGAGGCUAAUUUCUCCGUGGCUGGGGAAAAUUUGGGUAUGAGUGGAAAAUUGUUGGUAAACUAUGAGUUGUUUCGAUCAAACUGUAUGAAUGAGUUGGUUAGGAGUGAUCCUAAAAUCUUUAUCAGAAGGAAUGAGAUAAAAUUAUUGAAGGAACAUAGGGGUCUGUUUAUUGCACUUUUCAUCACUUCUUCUUUCCUUAAUACAAGAUAUGAAGUUCAUGACUUAACCAAAGCUUGGUUGAUUCAUUCAUUUCCCAACGAGUUUAGCAAGAGCAAGGUCACUCCAGACAUAGUGGUGGCUAAGGAUGGCACAGGGGACGUUGAAACCAAUAGAGAGGCCAUUAGACGUGCUCCCUUGGGUAUAAUGACUGUAGUCGUUGUCUAUAUCAAGUCUGGGAUUUACAACGAACAUAUAGUAAUUCCUGGUUUGCCCAAGUUUCGGUUUGUUGGUGAAAACUGGCAAACCACCAUCAUUCAGGGAGAGCUAUAUUGA